GCCUGCUAUCACCAUGACGACCAUUCACCACCAGCAGAUGCUACAGGAGCUUAUAUCCAUGAAGGAACCCGUGCCCAUGGAGUUCUCCAGCUCCACCACCCACAUGCACACCUUCUCCCAGACAACCAGGACCAGGGAAGCAAGGGGGGCGAAAUGGGAGACCUGCUACUGGUGGAGGCAAGAUGAACACAUAAACAAGCGACUUAAGCUCCGAGGCUACCGAGAAAGCCACGUUGCAGAGGUCCGUGAACUUCAUGCAGUUCUUCUCCUGGUGACCCGGAGUUCCAGCAUCCCUGAGGGUGAGAGCCUCCCUGAGCUCAUGGAGAAAUCUCACCCAAUUCCUCACCAGAGAUUGUGUCACUCCCACAGCGGCACCCUACCCCCCAAUAUCAAGAAGAUGUUGAAGGAAAGAUCUCCUCCUGCCCCCAAGAAGCAGCAGAAAGUGACAGAUGAGGAAGAGAUGCUGGACAUUUUGUCCAAGGUACCCAAGAAGGAGUGUGUGGCCACCAUCGCCCGUGGCCACCAGAAUCCCAGCACAAGCCCAGCCAAGUUGUGCAUAAUGCUGAACAACAGGAAGGUGGAGAUCACGUGGCUGAAGGAUGGCAAGGAGAUCACGGAUUUGCCUGGCGUGCAGAUCGUGAAGCAGGAUGCAGGGCACCUGCUCAUCUUCCCCAGCACGAGCCCAGGACAAGAGCAGAAGUACCCACUCGGGGCCAAGGAUGCGAAGAGGAAGCUUAGGCACAAAGUAGACCCCUGCCUGCAGCCCUUGAGCAGAUGCUCCUACCAUCCACCCGUCCACCCUAGAGGUACUGGAAGUGCACCCGUGGCUGUGAAGCUCACCAUCUCCAACUGUGUGUGAGAAGACAGCAGCCUGGACUUGCUCAAGCACAAGAAUGCAAGCACGGGCACCGCCACACUGCAUCCCAGAGUGCUGGAUCGUCCCAAACCUCCCUAGGGGUGAGUGGAGUUCCUGGAACUCUAGGAUAAUCGUGAGCACGGGAAGUGGAAGGCCCCAGUGGAAGGCAGGCAGCCUGUGACACAUUUCAUAGUGGAACAGAAGGCAGCUGGCAUGAAGUCCUGGGUUAAUAUAGGUGAAUCAGACAGCAAAGUGACCAACUUCUCCAGCACCAAGGUGGAAGAGGGAAAGGCCUGGCAGAUCCACACUCUGACAGUUUGGAAGAAAAAUGGCUUCACCACCCAGGGCCCGGAAGCUAUCACCAAGGGCAACAACUACUCCCAGUUCCUCGUCAACAGCACCGGGCACUCUGAUUCAGGGCUGUAUCAUCUCAUGCCCCAGAAUCCUCUGGGGAGGGUGUCACAUGCACUCCAGGACCUGAGUGUGGAGCUCAAGCCCUACCAGGAGGACUUGCCCCCCACUGCACUCCUGAUCCUGCUCAAGCUGCAUCCAGUGCUCCGCGGCCAGGACUGCACCACAACCUGUGCCUCCCUUGGAAACCCCACGGCCAACUCGAAGUUCUGGUUCAACUAAUCGAGCGGCAUGUGCACCACCGUCCUCCCCACCUGCGGUGACAGUGAGUAGUGUGCUCAUGAGCCGGGCAGUGACCGCAGCAGCUGCCCCCUCACGGUCUAUGACAAAGAUGACAAGACCAUUAGCACCCACCACAGAGCCUGAGAAGAAACCCAAGCAUCCUAUGUGAGCUCCACGAGGCUGCAUGAGCAGGGCUUUCUGGCCCACUCUCCAGAUGGCCACAGUGUCGAAGCUCUAUUUGCCCUCUGGUACACACCAGUGUAAACACUCUGUGCAAGCAGAGGACCGUAAGUGCACAGAAUGGCCGGGGAGACAGCUCAGCAACUUAAGUGCCUUCCUGGCAAGCGCAAGGUCCUGA